AUGCAGUACAAGGCUCUCGCUCUCGCCGGUCUCUCCCUCUUUGGCGCCGCCGCCGCCCAGCAGGUUGGCAAGGAACAAACCGAAACCCACCCCAAGCUCACCUGGCAGACUUGCACUGGAACUGGUGGCAAGAGCUGCACCAACAAGAGCGGCUCCAUCACUCUUGAUUCCAACUGGCGCUGGACUCACGUUACCAGCGGUUACACCAACUGCUACACUGACAAUGCCUGGAACGAGACUACUUGCAAGAGCGGUACCGACUGUGCUAAGAACUGUGCCAUUGACGGUGCUGACUACUCUGGCACUUAUGGUAUCACCACCAGCAGCAAUGCCUUGACCUUGAAGUUCGUCACCAAGGGAUCCUUCUCGACCAACAUUGGUUCCCGUACCUACCUCAUGGAGAGCGACUCCAAGUACCAGAUGUUCAACCUCAUUGGUAACGAAUUCACCUUUGAUGUUGAUGUCUCCAAGCUGCCCUGCGGUUUGAACGGUGCUCUCUACUUCGUCGAGAUGGCCGCCGAUGGUGGCAUGAACAAGGGAAACAACAAGGCCGGUGCCAAGUACGGAACUGGAUACUGCGACGCUCAGUGCCCCCACGACAUUAAGUGGAUCGAGGGUGCUGCCAACUCCGAGGGCUGGAAGCCAUCUGACAACGACAAGAACGCCGGUAGCGGCAAGUACGGAGCCUGCUGCCCGGAGAUGGACAUCUGGGAGGCAAACAGCAUCUCCACUGCCUACACCCCUCAUCCUUGCACCAAGAAUGGUCUUACCAAGUGCUCUGGUACUGACUGCGGUGACGCUGACCAGCGUUACGAUGGUAUCUGCGACAAGGACGGCUGUGAUUUCAACAGCUACCGCAUGGGUGUCAAAGACUUCUACGGCCCGGGAGCCACCCUUGACACCAGCAAGAAGAUGACUGUCGUCACCCAGUUCGUUGGAUCCGGAUCCAACCUUUCUGACAUCAAGCGUUUCUACGUUCAGGACGGCAAGGUCUUCAAGAACUCCGACUCCACCAUCUCCGGUGUUAGCGGAAACUCCAUCACCGACCAGUUCUGCAAGGACCAGAAGGCUGCCUUCGGUGACCAGACUCACUUCAUCAAGGCCGGUGGUCUUAAGCAGAUGGGUGCUUCCCUUGCGAAGGGACACGUCCUCGUCAUGUCUCUCUGGGACGACCACGCAGUCAACAUGCUCUGGCUCGACUCCACCUACCCCACUGACAAGGACCCCGAGACCCCUGGUGUCGGCCGUGGUACCUGCCCCACUGACUCUGGCAAGCCCGAGGACGUUGAGGCUAACUCCCCCGACUCCACUGUCAUCUACUCCAACAUCAAGUUCGGACCCAUUGGCUCCACCUUCGCUGCCCCCGCAUAAAUUGAUAUCGCCGAUUAGAUGGUGUGUAUGGGGAUCUGGCUUGGUUGCGAAAGCUUCAUUCAAUGUCAAUAGCAUUUCUUCACUUCUGUACAUUCUUUGGAGGACUAGAGGAAGAUAGAGAACAGCAC